UAUCAGACGCGCACACACGUUGUGUACAUACAUACAUAUAGUACAUGCAGAAAUAUAGUAUUUCACUUAAGAUCUGUACUCUUCUAAAAAAUAUAUAUAUACGCACUCAUUUUACAUAUGGAAAAUAUUUCACACGUAUAUAAAUAUAUCUAUACGUGCGUGUAUGAAAUGCUUUUGUAACCAUAAUUCUUUAUGAUUAGGUUUCAAAUUCAUACUGUCUACAAGAGGAGACAGUUUUAAAAAAUAUGCUAUUAAGCACAACGUCGCCUGUCAAAGACAGAAUAUUUUACACCGAAAUAUCUGUAUGUCUGUCUGUAUGUAUGUAUGUAUGUACACAUACAGUGUACGUCCAUCAAUGUACACGUACACACACACUAAGCAAACACGGAAGCGGCGACACACAGACAACAUAAUUUAUUUGCUAAAAAACUAUGGUGCUGUAAUCUGGACCAGCCUUACAUAUGUCUGUCGACCUCGCUCACACACACACAAAAAGUUCUCUCUCUUACUUGCUUGUCUUUUUUCUCACUUUCUCACACACACAUACAGACUCACACCGGCCUGUCGGACGGAGGAAAAUAUUGCAGCGACUGAUCUGUUUUCUCUUCUGAACAACAUCUCCAGAUAUUCUUCCUUACAUGUUUAAAUAUGUAUAUCAAUCCUGGAAUCUCUAACUAUUCUUAAAUGCAGCAUCGUUUUUUUUUUCAAAAAAAAACUAAUAGACAUUUCACCUCUUUUUCACUCCAUGUUCUUGUAGUUAAACAGGACAAACAUUCACAGACUUUCCUCUAUCACUGUCUCAGAGACAUUUUUACUCAAGUGAUCAUAAUACUCUUUCUCUUUCUCUUUCCAACACACUCACACUUAACAGGAUCAAUAUAUAAAAGCUAUUUUUUUCAUCCUCCACAGUUAUAGACCAGUACAUUUUUUAGACAUCAAACACUGCUGUGAGUACAUACAACUACAGAUACAGGCAAAGCAUCCAAACUAGACCAGAAUUUCGGCGAAAAAUUAUCCCGCACCUGCAGUAACCAGAACAAAACGACAGAGUAAAUAACAACAACAAAGGAAUCAGAGAAAGGUGUCGCCAGGACAGAAGAAGGUGAUUUUGAAACGUUGAAAUGUUGAAAACUGAAAUAAAACAAAAGUAAACUUAGUUCAUUCUGAAAUAUUCAUUUUAAAAGCUCAAAUAUUUGUUUUGAAACAUAUACCAAAAAUGUAUUCUAUGCAAGGUACUUCAACUAACUAUCCACUUGGUCGUCAGUUCACAUGUGAAACUUGUGGUGCUGUCUUCCCCCUCUAUGAUCAAAUGAAGAGACAUAAACAACAAACACACAGUGACAACAAGACAUAUUCAUGCUCAUAUUGCCACAAAGUCUUUGCACAAGUGUCUAGCAUGCGUAGUCAUGAGCGAUGUCAUACAGGAGAACGGCCCUAUACAUGUUUAACAUGUAGUCGUGGAUUUUCCCAGAAAGGGAAUCUAAAACAUCAUAUGAUGACUCACACUGGUGAGAAGCCAUUUAAAUGUCCACUCUGUUGGAAAUCUUUUUCUCAACGUGGAAAUUUGAAACAUCAUCAAAGAUGUCACACUGGUGACAAACCAUACACAUGUGUCACAUGCCAUAAAUCUUUCUCUCAAAUUGCUAGCUUAAAAAAUCACCAUCGAGUUCAUUCAGGUGAAAAGCCAUUUACAUGUGAAACAUGCCACAAAUCAUUUUCUCAAAAAGGAAAUCUUAAAAUUCAUGAGCGUUCACACACAGGAGACAAGCCUUACUCGUGUGAUGUUUGUCAAAAAGCGUUUUCUCAAAUCAGCAAUUUAAAGAUUCACAAAAUGUCUCAUGAUGGUCAGAAACCAUUUUCAUGUCCUAUCUGUGCUCGUGGAUUUUCCCAGAAAGGAAAUUUGAAAACUCAUAUCCGCAACCAUGAGAAUAAUAACCGUAAAAUGCCAUUGAGCUGUGAUGUUUGUGGUAAAGAGUUUGUUCAUAAAUCACUGCUGAAAUGCCAUGAAAAAACACACCUGGUUGAAAGAAUGAAUGCAAUAAAUGUUGCUCCCCACCACACACAACAUAAUGCCACUUCUAAUAAUGGCCCCAACAACAAUAACAACACAAGCCAUACCACCACCACCACCACCAAUCCACAUCAUCAACACCAGCCCCAUAACCAAAAUAUUAUGAGGGGCAUUGUGUACAAGCAACUUUAACUGAAAGAUUGAACUUUCCCACUGAUAAAGUGAAUUAAAAAUCAUCAAAAAUAAUCUGAGCAGCUGAAAAACAGAAAUAACUGGAAAAGAUAAAAAUCAAAAAGAAAAGUUAACAUUAUUUUUAGCUGAGGCAAAACAAAGUUAUAUAUUUAGAUCAAAUAUUUUUCUCAAAAGGCCUCUUUGGCUGUAUUUAUCUCAGUCUUAACCUAGUGCAUUUCCUCCAUUUCCUCACACCUUUGUUCAUUUUAAUUAAAUCAAGAAAAUAUUGAGUAAACACAAUUAUAUAAUGUUUAUAUACAAUCACAUUCAUAUGUACACAUAUUUAUAUAAAUACAUCACUUACA